AUGCAACCCGAAAGCUCGGAAGGAGUUUCCAAACCGAAGCCGUUUUCCAUCGCGCUCUCAGCCGACUCUUCUCGCCGUUCAACGCCCACGCCGUCCACGCAAAGCAAACCAGCAGCUCCCUUCGGAACAAGAGAGCUCUCGAGCAGAACUCGAAGAUUCAACGAUCAUGAUUCAGCCAGUGAGGAUGAAGGAGAGCCAGUGCCAGAAGAAGUCACAGGGUUCGAUCACCAAGCUGGCGGUGCAAUAAUCAGCAAUAAGCGGGUGAAGAGGGAAAAGGAACCGCUAACUAUCAAGAUUGAGUCACGAAAUAAAUGGAGAGACAAGCUGCAUGCUCGCACACAGGGGGAGCGACGAAGUUUGCUACCUGCUGAAGUACAAGCUCAGAGGAAAAGGGAGGCAAAUGGAGCCGCGGAGUCCACAAUGGAGGUUGAUGCCCCGGAGGUUAAAGUUGGUUUGAGCUAUGCAGAGCCUAGCGCAGAGGCAGUUGCAACACAUACAGUGGCAGGGGAUAUGGAAAGUCAUGGAAAUGGGGACUAUGGAGGCGCGGGCGCCUCGGUGACUAAGGAAGAACCGAAAACGAAACCACUAUCGCAGGACGAGGCUGCUUUGCAGGCUCUCAUCCGUGAGAGCAAAGGGGAAUCGGCAGAAUUUAAACCGUCGGAUCUGGUCAUAACAGCCCGUCCUAACGAGAAUAACUCUUCAGCUUACGAUGAAACCAAAUCAUUUCGUCAAGAUAUAGAGUCACGUCCUGCCCCGGCAAGCUUGAGCGCCUAUAAUGCAGUGCCAGUGGAAGAGUUUGGUGCUGCAUUGUUACGCGGUAUGGGGUGGAAAGAGGGACAGCCUGUUGGUAGAGGAAACUAUGGAAAUACCCCGGUAACAGCCCGUGUCCCUGAGAGAAGGCCUGGAUACCUUGGAAUAGGCGCAAAAGAUCUCGGUGGGAAAGGAGAUGCUGAAGUCGAACUUGGAGCAUGGGGGAAGGCAGCAAUGAGAAAAGAAAAGAAUGAAGGUGAAGGGUUGUAUACACCUGUUAUUCUGAAAAGUAAGAAAACGGGUGAGAUCAUCACAGAAGAGGAUAGCGGAAACCAUCAGCGUCGAGACAGGGAUCAGGACAAGGAUCGAGAUAGGGACAGAGAUAGGGACAGAGAUAGGGACAGAGAUAGGGACAGGGAUAGGGAUCGAGACAGGGACCGUGGAUCAGGGCGCAAUCGGGAUAAAAGAGACGACCAACGUAGAGGUCAUGAUUACGGCAGGGAGAGAGACAGAACCGGCGAUAGAGAUAGGCGUCGAGACAGAGACAGGGAUCGAGACAGAAGGAGGGACUAUGACAGAAGAUAA